AUGGACAAUAGUUGGAUGAGUGAAGGUGAUAGACUUCUAUCACCUGUUUAUGCUGAAGGGGUUAACAAUUUCUUAACAAUGGCACGAACCCAUUCCAUGGGAAGUGAUCGCAUUCGGUGUCUGUGCCGUAUAUGCUGUAAUAAUCUCUUCUUGCCUAUAUUUGAGAUAUUUCAUGGGGAGGAGGAAACUCUCCCCAUCAUUGACAAUGAUGACGAUCCCGGAGUUGAAAGUGGAUACGUCUACAUUGAUAACAUGGACCAUAUGUUCGAUGACAUACGGGCAGCCACAAGCGGAGAUGCUCCUGAAGACAACAAUACAUCACCAACUCACUUAGCAAUACCACAGUCCACCCCAAACUCAACUUUUGACCAACUAUUAGACGAUGUCCGACGUCCUCUUUUCAACAGCUGCACAAAAUUCUCAAAGCUCUCUUUCGUUGUGAAGUUGUUACACAUUAAAACACUUGGGGGAUGGUCAAUCAAGUCUUUUGAUAUGCUCCUAAGCCUUUUGCGGUCAGCCUUUCCUAAUGUUGAAUUGCCACAAUCAUAUGUGGAGGCCAGGACAUUGGAGCAAGGUUUGGGUUUCAUGUACCACAAAAUUCAUGCAUUCUCUAAUGAUUACAUCUUAUUCUGGAAGGAAAAUGCUAAUCUUAAUGAGUACCCUAUCUGCAGGAUAGCAGGUGACAUGAGAUGGCAUAAGGAGCAGGGGGUCACCGAUGACACUAGUAUGAGACAUCCUACUGACUCUAAGUCCUGGAAGACAUUUGAUCAAGCUCACCCCAGAUUUGCUACGGAUGCUCGCAAUGUUAGGCUCGGUUUGGCAAGCGACGAAUUUAAUCCAUUCAACAAUCUAGCUAAACCUUAUAGCAUUUGGCUAGUGAUUCUUGUCUCGUGUAACUUACCACCGUGGUUAUGCAUGAAAGACAUGUUCUUCAUGACAUCCCUCAUCAUCCCUGGCCCAAAAUCACCAGGGAAUGAUAUUGAUGUUUAUUUGCAACCGUUAAUUGAUGAGUUACUUGAACUCUGGGAACAUGGGAUACCUACAUAUGAUGCAUCUACUAAGGAAAUGUUCAUGUUACAUGCUGCCUUAUUGUGGACAAUCAAUGACUUUCCUGCCUAUGAAAAUCUAUCUGGGUGGUCAACAAAAGGGAAAAUGGCAUGUCCGUCUUGCAAUGCACAAACAGAUUCCAACUGGUUGAAGUAUGGCAGGAAACAUUGUUAUAUGGGACAUCGAUGUCUCUUACCGAGAGAUCACAUUUGGCGAACGAGAAAAUGGUUGUUCAAUGGUAAAGAAGAUCUUCGCAUGCCACCAACAAUGGUUGAAGGAGCGGAUCUUUUAACUCAAUUACAAAUGCUUGGAGAUAUUCAAUUUGGAAAAUCUUGUAGGAAGAGGAAACACACUGCAGAGGAGUUGAACUGGACUAAGAAAAGCAUCUUCUUCAAACUACCUUAUUGGUCAACUUUGCGGCUUAGACAUACUUUAGAUGUUAUGCAUAUUGAGAAGAAUAUUUCUGAGAACAUUUUGGGCAGUUUUAUGAACAUACCUGGCAAGACAAAAGAUAACACUAAUUCACGACGUGACCUAGAGAUCUUGGGCUUUAGAAAGGAAUUACAUUUGAAACGUGAAGGUGAACGUGUUACAAUGCCACAUGCAUCAUACACAUUUCAUGGAGAUGAAAGGAAUAAAUUCCGUGAGUGGCUUGCUGAGGUUAAAUAUCCAGAUGGGUUUGAUGCCAAUAUCACUCAUUGUGUAUCUGUACGUGAUUCCAAAAUCUCUGGGCUCAAAAGCCAUGACCAUCAUGUUUUGUUGUAA